GCCAGAUUGGCUCGGGCGCGCCUCUUUCCGACCUGACUUGCGUCUCCGUGGAAGUGGCUCAACCGCUGCAAGACGCAUUCCCAAAGAAGAUGAAGACCACAGGCAUGAAGAGCAUGAUGCUGUCGACGCAGCGUCUUCCGCCAUCGAGCUCGAGGAAGCCACUUCUCUGACGAGCCGCAGACAGAUGAAGCGCAGCGUUAGGAGCCGGGUAGUGAGUGCGUAUGAGGUGCGGAGGGCGACACAAGAAGCUUUUGUCGAAUGGAUGGCGACCUCGUCGCGACCCGUGUGGCAUUUUCAUACGCUGCUUUGGCGAUCUCGCGCACAAUUCUUAUACUCGCCACUAGAAAACAGGACCGAACUUCUUCCUCCAGAACUAGAUCAGACGAAACAGAAACAGCUGACGACAGCACACGCAGGUGUUGUUGAGCGGGAAGUAAGAAGACCGCGCCGGGGCACUAGAAGUACUUUCAAUCUUACUGGCAAACCGCCGAAGCCGAGAGAAUCCUGCUCUCCUGCUGCUGCAUUGAAAAAUAAGUGGUAUCCACUUGUUAUUCGCACUGCCCGAUGCGAUCGAGCUUCUGCUUCUUCGAAAGAACAGCUUGCAACCACUUGUGCCAUAAAGAGGCAAAGGAAUCCGAGACUGUUCUAUUUUCAGGAUACGCGGUAUAACCAAGGCACUGGCAUUGUUUUGUUACUUCGGGAGACGCAUACGCAUCUUCAUCGCCAUCCUUUGCACGCAGAUACAACAUCAAGUCAGAUCCCUCGUUCCGACCAGAAACCAAAAACGGUGGAAGACCCGCGCUUUUUCUUUCUGCCACAUGAUUUCCUUGAAGUAUUGCGCAGCAAACGUGGGCGUUGCGCCGCCCAGUCUCGCACUUUGGCGACAUCACUGCAAGAGAUUGAGAAAUAUGAGACGAAAAGGUGCAAUGAGAUGACCGCGAAGCUUACACGACAUGCCUCUCAAACUUCGUGUGGUUCCAUUGACGAUCUCUUCCGGGAUCUUUGUUCAUCAGAGCGUGACUUCGGCCCGCAACGACUCCUAUUUCAGUUCCUUUCUUUCCUUCAAAAGCAAUGCGGGCUCCGUGUACGCCGUGCAACAGAUCCCAGUUUCUCACCAGAGUCCGUCGUCAUGAUUGAAGAACAGCCUGUUUUAGUUGCCGUCGCAGUCCAACUAGACGCUUUCCGAAGUAAGCAGGGGCGCAGCGUCUGUUUGUGGCGCAACGAUGGUCGAGCCAAGUGGGCGACUGAUAUUUCCCGAAUAAACUGCUUCGUCGUCUUGAUGCGUGACGACGUACAGAUACAAGGAGCAAAUAUCGACAGCACCACAACACUCGAGUCCCUUCGAGAGCACCUGAGCGUGCGACAAGAGAAUCCCCUCUGCGGUUUCUACGUUUUUCCCAAGAGUUUUGUUCUGCGACACGGCGGUGAUAUUUUCAAGAGAUAUGGCACCCUGCGCCUGUACUCUCCUUGGAGCGAGCCUGACAGGAAGGUCUGCCAAGAAAAGAGACGGAAUCAGCUGAAGUAUUUCGUGAAACUAUCAUCUCACUCCGCACCCGACGCGACGCCGGUUGCAGGAGAUGAUCAUAAGUCCGCUGAUGCAGCCGGUGAAGACAGCCGUCGUGGUGUCCUUUCGGCUGUGAACCAAAGUCUCGAAUUGUUUCGGACAUGCACAGAACAAUUACAUGAUGUACAGAAUGUUGCGGAUAAUCCGGCACUUCAGGUUCAGCACUCUCCUUGAUGAAAUCGUUGAACAGAACAAGUGUAUUAAUCGAAAAAGGAAGAAAAAUCAAAGAAACUUACUACCAGGAGCAAGGCGGGC